UACAGCGCUCCAUAAUGUUGAACGAAGAACCAAGAGUCUUAGUGCAGUUGCUACUAUGAAUCUUCAACAAACAAUUACAAUUCAAACAAUCAGUUGAUAAAACCAAAACCAACAAACGACCAACCAACAUCCAUGAUGGCCUUUUUAGUGACAAUUAGUUUAUUUGUUGUGUGUUUAAUUUGUUCAACGGUCACUGCAGGCACUGAACAUGAAAAUGUGUUAGUCGAAUUAUUAAGUGAUAGCGAAACACAAACUAAAUAUAGUGUUACCAAAUCAGUUCGUGCCCAACAAUCAUCACCAACGGAAGAAGCACUUAAACAUCGUUUAGAAAUGAGUACCGAAUACUUUUAUAUACCAGAACGAUCCUCGAAUCGACAACAACAGCCAUCGACACCGUCGAAUAUUUUAUUAAUUACUGCACCCACCGCAAAUUUAUCAUUAAUACCUACAUCUGCAUCCAUUGAAUUACUGCGAAAAGAACAGUGGACAUUACCAAUUUUAAUCAUAUCAAUUUGUUCAAUGCUGUUAAUGUUUGCCUUUGAAAUAUUUGUGUUAUGCAAAGCAUCCCGUACAACACCAUCACGUCGACAUCUAUUUCUAGGACAAAUGUUACUCUUAGGUUUAUUCCUAUGUUCGGCGCUAGCAGCGUUAAUCACUUUACAACCGACUCCUAUCACUUGUGCAACUAUUCGAUUUGGUAUUGGUGUAUCGUACGCACUUGUUUUUGCCGCGUUAUUAGUGAAAUGUGUAUUUUUAAUUAGUUUAAACAGUGGUGUUUAUUUACCAGCCCCAUAUCAAGGGUUAUUACUUUUAUUUGCUGUGUUAAUACAAAUUACAAUUGGCAUACAGUGGUUAAUUAAUACACCACCGAUAAUACAGGUUUUGAAUUUAACAAAACAACCCUCAUAUUAUCAAACAUCACAACCCUCAACAAUACGACAUCGUUUUUUAGUGACAGCAGCGCGUGAUGUGACAAGUGAACGAACUACCAUAACGAACACACAUGAAGAUCAAUUAAUAACGUUAUGUCAAACACCAUACAUGGAUAUUUUAAUAUCGUUAAUUUAUGUAAUAUUUUUAAUUAUAUUCGUAGCGAUAUUAGCAAUUAAAUCACGUGGUAUUCGUGAUAAUUAUCGUGAGUCAACAUAUAUUGGUUUAGCCGUUGGGUUUACAAUCCCAAUAUGGUUAAUGUGGUCAUUAAGUGGUCUAAUAAUAAUUGAACGAUAUCGUGAUGCAAGUUUAGCAUGUGGAUUAUUAGGUACAUCGUUAGUUAUAUUUUUAGUUAUGUUCUUACCAAAAGGUAGACAAUUAGCGGCAAUGGGUAAAGAAGGUGUAUAUGUUGAAGACCGUGAAGAUCGCUUUAGUUCAUUAAGUCGUGCCGGUUCCGGGUAUUCCCCGUCAUUUUUUCAUUUUAAACCAAUGAAAUAUAGUAGUGGUGGUCUUGGGGGUGCAACAACAAUUACUGGCAAUAAUAAUAAUAUUACAACAAUGACAAACAAUAGUCAUAAACGUCAUCCAACGACUGUGACAACACUCGGUGGAGAUCACUUGGCACUGUAUCCAUCAGCUGCAGCUGCAUCUAAUUAUACACGAAUGUAUCAUUGUUAUCCUUGUGCAAAUGGUAUUCCUGCUGCACUCUGUACUUCUACUACUGCACCACUACAUUACACUACACCAGGAAGCAUCUUUCUUCGAUCAGAUGAUGGUAACGUUUAUACAACUUUGGAACCAACAUUGAGCAGUAAUCCGAAUGUUUAUUUCCAACGAAAUAGUUUAGUGCAUCCAGGAAUGAUGUAUUAA